UGGCUUCGCUGGUUCGGCGUGUGAGUCAGUGCUCCGUUGCUCUCCACUUCUUCGGUUUAUUUUGUUGGUUUUCUCCCGCAUAUAGCCACCAAACUCUCCAUAGGACUAGGAGAGACUUCCAUCUAACCGAAAACCACGCUUUUGGACAUGCAUACGUGAUAAAACCUGCAAUUCAUAUAAUUUUUCGGCAGCCUAGUGCUGGGUGAUUUAGGCAAUGGCGGUAGUUGGGCAGCGACACAACUCUCGACACAUGAUGUCUUUCCAAGGGGGACCGGCCCAAACCCCCACCCAAGGGGCGAUUUUGGCAGCGGCAGUGGCUGUACCAUAUUAUCAAGUGGUUCCUGCCCAAGACGCUCAACCAGAUAGACCCAUUGGAUACGGGGCGUUUGGUGUUGUAUGGGCUGUGACAGACCCUCGUGACGGCAAACGGGUGGCGCUCAAGAAGAUGCCUAAUGUCUUCCAAAACCUCAUCUCCUGUAAACGGGUGUACCGAGAACUUCGGAUGCUCUGCCACUUCAGGCAUGAUAAUGUCUUAUCAUCAUUAGAUAUACUUCAGCCACCCCACAUAGACUUCUUCCAAGAAAUCUAUGUGGUAACAGAGCUGCUGCAGAGUGAUCUACACAAGAUCAUCGUGUCACCCCAGCCGCUCACUGCCGACCACGUCAAAGUCUUUCUCUACCAAAUACUCAGAGGCCUCAAGUACCUCCACUCCGCCCGGGUUCUACACAGGGACAUCAAGCCCGGCAACCUCCUUGUAAAUAGUAAUUGUUGUUUAAAGAUCUGUGACUUUGGUCUUGCACGCAUCGAAGAGCCUGAGGAAUCUGUACAUAUGACCCAGGAAGUGGUGACGCAGUACUACCGACCUCCGGAGAUCCUUAUGGGGGCCAAACAUUACUCAUCCGCCGUGGAUAUAUGGUCGGUCGGCUGUAUAUUCGCAGAACUUCUCUCUAGACGCAUCUUGUUCCAGGCCCAGAGCCCCAUACAACAGCUUGAUCUCAUCACCGACCUCCUCGGCACCCCCAACCUGGAAGACAUGCGGACAGCAUGUGAAGGUGCCAAGGCCCACAUCCUCCGCCAGCCGCACAAGCAGCCCUCACUGGCAGCCCUCUACACCCUCUCUGGCCAGGCCACGCACGAGGCAGUCCAUCUACUCUGUAGGAUGCUAGUGUUUAAUCCAGAAAAACGAAUAACAGCCAGUGAUGCAUUAACGCACCCAUACCUAGAUGAAGGUCGACUUCGGUAUCACUCGUGCAUGUGCAAGUGCUGCUAUAACACGUCUGCCGGACGCCAUUAUACCUCGGACUUCGAGCCUCCCUGUCACCAACCCUUCAGUUAUAGCUUCGAAGAUGAGCUCACAUCUGUAGCAAAGGUCAAAGAGAAGCUCCAUCACUUUAUAUCAGAACAACAGCAACGAGCCAAGCGAGUCCCACUCUGUCUUAACCCCAAUUCCAUCUCAUUUAAGAGUUUCCAAAGGUGUGUUGUCAAGGGACGCAAGUCACGUAGCCAGUCCCAUUCCCAACAAAACUCGAACCUGGCCAGUAAGUCCCGCGGGCCCAACUUGCCGUAUGGAUGUUAGAGGAAGACAGACCAGAUGUGAACAGACUGCUCAGGGCCAGGAUGCGCGGAUACAUCAGUUUCAGCCUACUGGAUGUGACAAUGUGUUUGAUUGGUCGAUAUACUAGACCUGUGGGUAGUACCAUCCUGUUUGAGGUAAAACACUGACUACACGUGGCCGAGCAUGGACUGAUGAUAUAGUGGAGGUGGCUGUUGUUUUCGUCUGAGUUCCAUACAUGGAUGUACAGUACACUCAGAAAUACUGCUCUGAAAUGUGUUGGCAUCCACCUCCUAAUGGCCUAGUCAAUAUGUAAGCUGCAUGCUGAUUGGCCCAUGCUUACAGACCAGCAUCUGGCUGAACUGGUGAAUCACACGGCUUCUACUGAAGCAAAAAGACUACUUGCCAUACAAGGCAUAUGAAUAUGUACAGGUUGGACAGAGUUGGCGAAACCAUUGACCUUCGAGUAUUUGAAAAUCAUCAAAAGGAUACAAGCAACAAGACUGGUGCUGAUAGGGGCUCACAGCAAUGGCUAUCCUCUCUGGGUACCCAUCACUACUACACUAUUUUUGUACAGUACAUUUUCCAUGAGUUGUGCGUGUGUUUUUUCUGUGAAGUAUGUGCGUGAGUGGGUGGUGGUGACCCUGACCAAUGGCGCGCGGGCCAGCACACCAUUACGACCAGUUACCUGCCUCGCAUGUGUGUAGACAUGCAUGUGCGUGCGUCGUCGCCUGGAACCCACUCCUGAUCUCAUUUUACACCAUAUUUAUUUUGCCACUAUUUCCCCUCAGUGAGCACAUGACGUACGAUAUUCCACCUGACAGUCACAUGACUAUCACAUGACUUAGGUAUACUCUCUAAACAGGCAACUGUUCAGUAUUGUUUAUAUGUAGUGUAUUUCUCUUAUUUAUGUUUGCUUGUUUUGUACUAACUUUUAUGAUAACAACAAACCUUCAGACAUUGGAAAGUGGCAUUAUCAGAUCCAAUACAGUCUCAAAGAUCUAUGCAUGUCUAACUUGCAAAACAGAACAUGGGAAAGGCAGAUUCCCAGUAAAAAUACGCCAAAAUAUCGAGUGACAAACGCUUUAUUACACCCUACUUCCAUGGCAAGCCAAUCAAAUCCUCAACACGUUCAGGCAGCCAAUCAACACUGACUUGCCUUACGACUCAAACUACCAAGAUAUUCUUGAUGUUGUGAUGUAUAUGCUAGACAUGUUGUACAUACCAUUUUGACACUUUCUAGAGUAUCUGGACAAUGGUAGACACUUCGAGGAGAAAUUAUGUAGACAACAUCAAGUCUAUUUUGUACUUUUGUACACAAGUAGCGCUCGAGGAUAUACCCAUCUCCGAGGUAGGGUAACACAGUAAAUGAAGCAUGCGAAAUGGCAUCAGAUAGACGAACUGAGGGUUCAGUUCACGCAUAAUACCGCUGUCAUAUGUGCAUAGCAACAGGCAUAAUGUAUGUCCUUGCCUGAUGAACUACACCAAGGGAGGUAACUCCAGUGAAAGCCAGUCAUCAUCAUCUCAUGUAUUUUGUGGUCAUCUUGAGAAAUUGCCAUUCCAUCGGAAGUAUUAGUGUAAAUAUAUACUAUGUGUGGGGAGUGUGUUGUACAGACUGGGAUUAGCUGUUGGGGGUAGAUGGCGUGGUUGUCUGUUACGUGAGCUUUUACGGUUGCUGUAUAGUCGGCCAUAAUGUAUAUAUACGAGAAAUGGUCAUUUUAUAGACAAUUUACAUCCGAGAUUAACCGCUCUAUAGGUUGCAAGGCAACAAACAGGAUGAAACACUCUCCAAAAACAGUUUAUCAAGGUCCUACAUUAGGUUUUUGUGUAAUUAGGUACUGAAAUAUGAAAGUUUUACAAAUUCGUCAAUGAUGUCAUCAACUUGGUUUUUGUAGCAGUUUUUAUCCUGUUUGGUGGCUUGUUGAAGAUGAAGGAUGUAGCCUGGGUGCUGUUUACUAGUGUGAGCUUCGCAGCAAUCAUCUAUGUAUAUGUGGGGCAGAUAAACAUCUACAUCUUUCUACCGAACCAAACCAAAAUAGCCGUUUAUGUUGUCACCACGGAAACUUAGCGGGAGUGCUCAACGUGUGAACAUUUCCAAGUCCGAUUUUACAAACUUUGUUAUUGGCUUUUUAUCUAUAUUGGGUGUGUGUAGAUUAUUGUUCCAACCCAAUCUGCUUUGUAACAAAUAUAUUGUAAUGACUUAUUCUUCUUAUACAAGUAUAGAUUGUUUGAAAAUUUACAAACGUGUUUGAUGUUGGUAAUGGAAUUUAUGAAACUAUCGUAGCCAUUUUGUGAUUAUUUUAAACAGUGAAUGUUAAUGGUAAAAACCAUGUCAUGUCGGACACCAUGUGACAACAUCAGAUGUAAUAUGAACAAAGACAUGAUAGAACGAAUGAUGUGCUCUACCUUGAAAUGAUGUCAAAACAGGUGUGCCAGGUCCAGGCAUGGUAAUUGACAUGCUGCCAGGAUAUUCCUGGAAUAUUGCAUAUUGCUCACUCAAGAUGUCAGCUUCCUCCUGUCGUAAAAUUGAAUUGUUCAAAGCCAAGACCAAUCUGAAAUUGAUUCUCCAAAUUUGCGAUUUCACUGCAAAUUGAUUGGGUAGUCCAGUAUUUGAUAAUGAGUCAUAUGUCACCGAUUCGAUUCCUACGUUCCAAAGUAAAAAUAUGGAAACCUAAAUAUCAUUUUCAAACAUUUCUGCAAUUUCCUGAAUAUAUUAAUUCUCUCUUACUCGUUGAAUAUCAGUAUGAAAUCAACUUAACUAAUUAAUUAGUGAAGACAAUUUUUCAUAGGUAUUGCACAUCAUGUCUUUCAAAUUGUUUUUGGAUGUGAAAUGUUUGUUAGUCCAUAAGAAUGUUGCACCAUGAAAAGGGUACUUCUAAAAGCGUAUUCUAACUUAUAUAAAACUCUGUAUAGAAAGAAAGUAUUUAUCUCGAGUAAUCGUCAGUAUGGCAUUACGUUGAGAGUUGAGCGUUCAUACUUCUACCUCUUGCGGCUAUCAGUCGUGCUUGUGUAUUAUACAUUGUGUUACAGUAGUAGUCCAAGGAUUGCUUGCAGGAUAGCAGCGUGUGGGAGACAAAUUCAAUCAUAUUCACCUCAAAUAUACCGAUGCCUGUGUGAUUAUUAAGUGCAUCUCAUCAGGCAUUCAAAAGAAUCCUUUUUUUUGUCAUAGCAUGUAGCAAGGUACAUAGAUGAGGUCGUUAAAUUAUCAUCCAAAUACUUGAAGUAACAACUACUAGAACCAUGUUGCUUUUGAAAUUAAAUCCAUCACUCAUAAUGAUGACAGUUGCCAUGUUGGAUACUAUUGUCUGGUUUCAGAAACAUUGACAUUUCGGCUUGUUCCUUUAAUUAUGUUUGUGAAAAUACAUCUCAAAUUUCUGUUCCGAAAUAGCAAAUGUUUGAUUCUUAACAUUUUUGCAACAUAAUAGAAAAAUACCCCCUCAACCAUUUCCAUGACAACACAUCUACAUCUUGAAGAUUUAUUUGACAUUGUAUCGUUCAUCUGUCAAUGAUAUUUUGACAAACUAUUAAGACCAGAUGCCAAGAAUGGACCUGUACAGUAAUAAGAGGGAGGUAACCCUUGCUAACAUGGCUUUCUCCUUAGUGGCAUUUGCUGAAAAAGUACCAGUGUUCUGCUCCAACUUGGGUUGACCCUGCAUUUAUGUUGUAGAUAGCUGUGCAUGUUCCACAAUGUUGCUAUUCUAAGUAAUUUAUGCUCUUCAUAUGAAAAUCUAUUAUAGUAUCUGUUAAUAUGUAGAAGAGUUAUUUUCCUAAUCUGUACUUGUGUGAUUGCAAAUUGGUGUAUUUUGUAUUUGUGGGUGUGUCUUUCCACAGCGGGUAAGUUAAGUUUAUGACUUGAAAAUGAAAUCUUGGUGAUUAUUUGGUGAUUCUGACAAAUAAUUAAAAUUAUCAUUGAUCACUAAUUGUAAAUACAUAUACACAUAUAUAUCUCCAAGAUCUGUAGUGUUACCAAAAUUUAUUAAUCGACAGGUGAUAAUGUUUUUCGGUACUUGGCAUAUCUGUACAACUUGUACUUAGUCCAUUAGAAUCAGCAUUUAAUACUGAAUACAUGUGAAGCAAGGUUGAAUGCAUAUGCUAGUUGUAGCUGACAGUCUUAGCACAUGUACUGUUAUUAAUGAUUGAAGCCUUAUUCUGUCUGUUGUGAGUGAAAUAGGACAUAUUUAGCAUAGUUUCAACUUUUGUCAGUGUACAAUAUUUUGUGAGCACAUUCAACUGCUUUUUGUGAACUUGUUUUGUAAAUUCAAGAGAUUGUCUUCAAAUGUUUUUCUCCAAAUCUGCAACAACCACCAUUAAUGUGCAAUAAUACCUGUAAUUAGUUCUGUCUGAAUAACCUUCAAAGGGAGAUAACUCGACCCGAGCCCCUCCCCAACCUCGGAGUGUUACUAGACUAGUCACAACAAUGAUAAAAUGUAUAGUCAUGUGAUGAUCAGCUGACAAGUCACAUGAUAAGUCGCAUGACCUCCGACAACCAGCAGCAGUGAAAGAUGUACGCCCAGACACAUUCACUCCUCCGAACGUUAUGAAAGGUUAGCACACCGGCUGAAGAUGUCAGAAUAGCUUCAUGGACCAGACAGCCCAAAUAAAUGUUUUUUGUACAUUUUCAAAUUACCGAGAUUACAUCAUGCUUAAAUUGAUUAUUUUUUUGGCAUUCAAGCAGCAACUGGAAAUUGUUUGUUGGUCAUGUUGGUAUUCUGAUGUUGUCGGCUGUGUAUUGACGUUGGCCUCAUCCGAUUCACAGCUCAAGAUUGCCAUAGACUCAUUGUACACCAUCUGGAUUUGCAAUAAAACAUUGAUAAAUA